AUGCCUUUUCCCGAUAGGACUGUAGAGCCGAGACGCGUGUGCAGGCUAAGAAAUCGAGAUGGCAAGUCUCCGGUUUUGUUUUCAUCGUUGGAAGAAGUUUGUUGCCAUACAUUAACUAGUAUACUCCGUCAGUUGUCUGAUUUAUCACGCCAUGCCAGCGACAUAUUCCUUGGAAUUGAGACCCAGGCUGGAUUGAUAUGGGACAGAUCAUCACGGAUCCAGGGACGGCUGGAGACUCUACAGAAUGUUGUCCGCAAGUGCGAUCCCAAGAAAGUCAAAAUACCGGUGUCUAAUUUGGAUGAGGAGAGUAAGUGGACAGUUCACUACACUGCCCCGUGGCACCAGCAGGAGAAUGUCUUUCUGCCCAACACCAGACCAGCCUGUGUGGAGGACCUGCACAGACAGGCUAAAGUUAACCUCAAAACUACCCUCAGAGAGUGUGACAAGCUGAGGAAGGAUGGUUUCCGUAGCUCCCAGUACUAUUCUCAAGGCCCCACCUUCUCAGGCCCCACCCACUCCGAGAGCAACCAACCAGAUGAUGAAGAUACAGAUGAUGGUGAUAAAAAGUCAGUUGCCUCUUCAGCAGAGGAGGAGAGAGCCUCCAGUUCAGUGAGAUCACAGACUCCAGUACAAGGGGAGGGAUCAGAAGUUGAUGGACAGCCACCUUGGGUCAAAGCCCCUCACCUUCCAACACCUGAAGAGAGGAUGAGACAACAGGCACAAGCUAUUCUCACUGACGUUAUCCCCAUCAACAUCACUGGGGAGACGUUUGAUCGGCAGGCCAGUAUUCGACGCUCCCUCAUUAACACUGACACGCUGGUGCGCAGGCCCAAGAAGGUCAAACGGAGAAAGACUAUUUCAGGGCUGCCUGACAACGUUCGAACGCAAGAACUAGCCUCUCAAGGACGUGGUGGGGAGCUGCGACCGCAAUCCAUGUUUAUCCCAGGGCAGUAUUCCACACUGGGGCGAACCGGAAGUGUGAACUCUGCACUGCGACGUUCUGAGAUGCGUGAUUCUGGCUGCCAGACAGAGGAGGUGAAAAUUGUCCCACCUUCAGUACGUAGGAUCCGAGCUCAGAGGGGACAAGGCAUUGCUGCCCAGAUGGCAGGCAUGUCCACCUCUGCAGGUAAUAUCUCAGCCGUCUCUGAUGACAACUUAUCUGGAUCAUCGAUUGUAGUCAUGGCUCCACAUCUUAAUGGAGACGCGCAACGUUUCCAUAGUUUACCUCGGGGUGCGCGCGUGUCCCUGAGUGCCGAACCUCUGUACAACAGCACUCCAUGCAGGCCAGAGGAUUGCACUGCAACAUCAUCUGGUGUUCGCCAGAUUGGGAAACUCCAAGUAGAUGACACUGCAGUGCACUUGCGGACUGCCCCCAGGGUAAGCGCCCAUCCACGCCCAAAAUCCCAGGAGGUGAGGGGUACUCAGGGGGAAUGGGGGUCUCUGGCUAAUCCUGCCUGUGUGGUCUCUCCUCAUGCUGGCUACUCGACCUCACUCAUCCCAAAUGCUAGAAUAUCUUGCUCAACGGAGGUCAUUGCUCUUCACAGUACGUCAAACCCCAGUCAACGCCUGAAUGCAAGCGCAUCCUGCGCCACUGCUAGGCCUCUCAGCGUGGCCUCAAAUGCUAGCGGAGGGCCCCUGUCCCCAAAUUUAAACAAGACCGCGGCUCAGACACCAGCAGCAGUUGGUGAUUCCCAGAGUGAAACCUGCCAAUCCGACAGCAGCGUGCACAGCCAUAGUACAGUUGCUGCCGAGACAAACUCCUCAGAUGAGCAUUGGGUGUACGACACCCCCGAGAACGUGCUGCCCAGGAGGCCACUUACCUCCAGCUGUUCUACACCCAUCCAUCAGCUCUACAGCAGCCUGGAACGCUCCUCAAAGGGCACAGACUCAAGCUCUCUCUACUCCAUGGACAACGACGGCUACUACACCUCCAUGCAUCUCGACUCAGGGCUCCGGUCCAGGAGUCAUGGCAGUGGGCAUGGACAUGGUGUGGCAGGCAGGGCUGCAAGGCAUAGCAUGUAUGAGUGCCUGGGACAGCACGGGGACAACACCAGCUUGUACAGCGACCGCUCCCUGUCCCGCUCCAUUUCUCUCCGCAAAUCUAAGAAGCCUCCCCUUCCGCCAGCACGCACUGAUUCAUUGCGGCGUAAACCCAAAAAGAUGGGAUCUGUGAGUGCUCGUGACGACACGGUGGAUGGGUCAGUGCUUAACGAGUCACUUAUUGCCACUUUACAGCAGUCGCUCCAGCUGGGUCUAAAAGGGAAAGGGGCAUCCUCCUCACACUCUCACAGCCCUUGUAGUGACUAUGAGGAUCCCUGGAUGCUGAGGCCCAGGAGCCAGAGCAGCAUAAGUGCAGGUAGUAGUGGCAUUUCAGCCAUGGGGGUCACCAAUGUGUACUCCAUCUGUCAUGUAACACCUACACAAAGUGAUACCAGCAGCCUGCGCUCUGACUAUGGAGAAUCCUGGGGGUACUGCAUGGAUUACUCCCAUCAACAUACGGAUCCAUCACAGUCCCCCCUGCGAAUGCAAAACUCUGCAGGUGGGAAACCAGGUGGAAUGACGAACGGAGGAAGGUUGCACAAUGGUACCCAGGGUUCUCUGCCUCCUGCCCAGGAACAAGACGGUGAGGGAUCCGCAAAGACCAGGACAGGUACUUCAUCACCAGACAGGGUGCACCGCCUAACUUCCCCUUCUAGUGGGUACUCAAGUCAGUCAAACACUCCAACUGCUGGCACCCCAGUGCCCUCUUUCAUGAGAUCCAUGUCUCCUUCAGGCUCCAAACCAAAACCUAGAGUGCCUGAGAGGAAGUCUUCUCUGCUCUCUUCUGUGUCCAUUUCAUCUUCCUCCACUUCACUGUCCUCAAACACCUCAGAUUCUGUCAGGAACAACAUUCCUCAGCCACCACCUCCUCCACCAUUGCCUGCCAGUACAACGCCAGGGUCUCUACUCACACCUCCAUCUUUCCCUCCACCCCCUCACCCUUCAUCAAGUCCUGUCAACACCAUCAAUCAAGAAUUCCCAACUACUUCGGCUCCUGCAUUACCUGCGACUCCUCAGCAGGAAACAUCCAUCCCACCUGCUUUCAACUCCUCCCCAGAUUUCCCACCCCCUCCACCUCCAGAGGCUUUAAUGGAUCCUGGACUCUUACUCAAUAGCUCCUUCAGUCCUCCUCCUAACUCUCCUCCACUUCCUCCUCCUCCUCCUCCUCCUCCUCCUCCUCUUUCUCCUCCUCCUCCCCCUCCCCCUCCCCCUAUGCAAUCUUUCUCUGCUGUGCCUGCCCCUCCACCACCUCCACCCUUGCCUGUCAUGACACCACCUGUAGCAUCAUCUGCCAGCAUAAAGCAGGUUAAAGACAGUCUCAAGCCUUUGAGCUCAGAGAGAAUAUCAGCCCCCAGACAGUCUCAGCAGCCUGUCCAAUCUACUGUACCACUCAUCACUCCUCUUGCUCUGCAGAGUGUGCAGCUCCGCUCGGUCAAGCGCUCAGAGAAUGCAGAGAUGAACCACGCAAAACCUCAGGACAUAAAGACUGACCAGCUGACCAGUAAGUCUGUGAUACCAGAGAAGCCUAAAACUGUGAGCAGUGGACAGAACAAGUCGACUACAGAGACAAAACUUUCAGAUAAUAAUUCUAUGGGCUUCAACCAUGCUAUUGCAUCUACAAAUUGCAGUACUGCCACUGUUGACAUAAAUCCUGGAAAACAAACAUUCUCUGAGCAGAUGCACUGCCUCUCAAAUGGCUUGAUCAACCAUGUCAGUUUCUCAGCUAGGAAUGAACAAGACACACAGGGUCUUGACUCAUCAGCACUCUCAGCAAAUCCCAUGGAGUCAAACCCAAACACCUCACCUAAGAAAAAACCUCCAGUAGUAUCCAAGAAACCCAAACUUUCUCUCGUUAUGUCUGCAGUCACACAUGGGGAGAAACAAGAGAAAACCCCACAACCUAGUGCAGAGGACACCAUCACACUGUUGUGCUCCCCGAAUGGGAUCACUGAAACAGAUAGCUCCACAGUGGUUCAGGAAAGUGCUUCUGAAGAGAGGCAAGAGAAAGAAAGUAACAGAGACAAUUCAGAGAGUUAUACACCGCCAAAAACCACAGGAGAUCCUGAGAGCAGCAGUCCCGCCAAGGAGGUUCAAGUUGAGGAGACCCAUCAGAGCUCCACUGCCCUGGAUGAGGGGAAGAGUUCCUCAGAGAUGGAGAGUUGCAGCAAAAUAGAGGAGGAAGAGACAGAGGAAGGAGAUGAUGAGGAUGAGAGCAGUAGCACCGUUGGGUCCGUCAGUUCCAAAGAGGACGAGAGUGGUGAUGUAUUUGAACCUGCAUCAGCUCCCCGCAUUAACGGUGACCUCCAGGGGGACAUGGUGACCCCUACAAGACCCAGGACCACAGAGGACCUGUUUGCUGCCAUUCACAGGUCAAAGCGGAAGGUCUUGGGGCGCAAAGACUCAGAUGAUGAUCGUUCACGGGGUCACUCUCCAUCUCCUCCGGUAACACCCACAAUGAUGGCGCCAGGCGUGACGUCGUCACUGCCACGGCAAGCGGGCUCCAUCCAGCGCAGCUUGCGCAAGUCGGCCACCAGCAGCGACACAUUUAAAGCCCUGCUGCUGCGGAAAGGUAGUCGCACGGAGAACAGCUUCAGGAUGUCCGCUGCUGAAAUGCUGCGCAGCACAGACCCCCGUUUCCAGAGGGCCCGCUCUCUCGACUCUCCCCUUGAUCCGUCUUCACCCGCUAUGCUGAUGCCAGACAGCCCCUGCUCCUCACCUAGUCACGGCAGGAAGGGGCCAGAGGAAUGGGCAAGAAACGAGGGCAUUUUGCCACGGUCUUCAUCGGGAUCUCCCACAUCCUCUUCGUUGGUAGGGCCGAAGUACGGCCGAUCGCGCACACCGCCCUCCGCUGCCAGCAGCAAGUAUAACGCGCGGAGUCGCAUCCUUAGCAGUCCAAUGACAGUGAUCUGUGAAAGGGAAGGAGAAUUGACGGAGAACGGAGAGGAACCAGCAAGCAUGCCUCUAUCUCUGCCUCAGGACUCCAAUAGCACUUUAAGCGAGGAGAGCAGCAGUUAG